UGUAGCUCGCUGUCUUCGGUGUGCGGUGUCAAAAGGGAACAUCGCCAAAAAACUAGGACGGGAUUUAUUCUCCAUUUUCGAUCAUUCCCAGGCCUUAUUCCCUCCUUAUAAAUUCAAGAUGGAUGAGGAGAUGGAUGAAAGAGCUCGCCGUCGAGAGGAGAGAAGAAGGAAGAGGGAGGCAGAGAAAGCAGCAUUGGAGAAUGGAAAUCCAGAGGAGGUGGAUCGGCAACUGGAAGAGCUAAGAAUGAGACGAGAAAACAGAAGACGGAAAAGAGAAUUACUGGACGCAGGUGAAUCGGAAACAAUAGAAACAAAUGGUCCUACUGAGGAGACAGACGCUGAGAGACGGAGGAGAGAAAGAAGAGAAAGAAGACAACGAGAAGAGGAGGGAGUUCCUGAACCAGCUCCAGAACCAGAACGUCAACCAGAACCAGAGCCAGAACCAGUUGUAGAAAAUGAUGAAGCUGACAGUCCAUCUAGAGACGAGAUUGAACAGGAAGAGGAGAACAAUAAUGAAGAUGAAGAGAGACGCAAGGAGGAAGAAGCAGCUGCAGCCAGAGCACAAGAAGAAGAAGAAGAACAAAGGAGGCAGGAAGAGGAGCAAGAGCGUCAAAGACAAGAAGAGGAGCAACAACAGCAAGAAGAAGCAGCUCAAGAAGAGGAACGACGUAGACAAGAAGAAGAAGAAGAAAGACAGAGACUAGCUGAGGAGAAGAAACGCAAGCAAGAUGAGGAACGGAAAAGGAAGGAAGCUGAGGCAAAAGCCGACGCUGAUCGCAAAAAGAAACGAGAGGAAGAAGAGCGUAAGAAGAAACCAGCUGCACCCGCUGAGAAUGGAGAAACGGCGGCUCCACCCGCUGAGGGGAAGAAAAUGUCACUUAUGGGCAAAAUGAAAUCAGGUCGUAAGAUGAAUAUCAAGGCCAUGAUGAUGAAGAAAGCUGGUCAAGACCUUCAGAAGGAAAAGACAGAGACUGCUGCUGAGAAAUCUCAAUUCAUUAAUGAUAAUGUUAAGAUGGUCGAUGUAGACUCCAUGAGUCAACGAGAUCUUAAAGCACUCUGUGAAAGACUUCAUGAGCAACUCGUACUAGCUGAAAGUGAUAAAUAUGAUCUAGAAGUUGAAGUCCGAGAUAAAGAUUUGGAUAUUGACGAGCUGAACAGAAGAGCAAUGGAAAUAAAGGGUAGAUUUGUGAAGCCAACAUUGAAGAAAGUAGAGAAGAAAUCAGAAGACAAAACUGACCAGCAUAAAUCUGAUUUCCGUGAGAGUUUGAAGAAACAUGAAGUCACUAAUUAAGACUGAUUUCUCAAUUUGUGUGCAGUUAGAACGUAAACAGGAGUGUGCUGUACUUCACAUUGUUACACGCCAGACUCUACAGUAGCUUAGUAGAUAAUUGAUUCAAUUCAAAGCUUGCCGUAGACCCCCUCCCCCCCCCCCCCCGCCCCAAACCUGGAGGAGGAAGAAUCCAAUCGUUCCUUCCAGUCUUUUAUGUAGAUUUUUCUCUCUCUUUUUUAAAUCUUGUUGCCAUGGUCACAAUUUCAAAGAAUGCUAUUUUUGGGCAUUGAAUAACUUACUGAAAGUCACUAUUUAUAAAUGAAUAUUCAUAUACCCCCUGUAAGAGUGGGUUGUCCUUUUAUAUGUUGGUUUAUUAAUAGGUGUGUACAGGUUUAGUUAUUAAUUGUAGAAUAUAUUAGCAUUUUUACAUAUUCAUGACUUAUGAAUAUUUAUCAGUGUAUUAGAAUAAUGUAGUGUGUUAACUGAUGACAUUUAAAAAGAAAUGCAAAUAUAUACAGCUCAUUGUUACUAUGUGCGACCCUCAUGUUAUUUAUAGCCUUUUUUUUUUUUUUCUCCGUUUAUA